UUUAUACUGCGAGAAAACAAAAGUUUUAAACCUUUUUUCUUCCUGUCUGAUUAUUUUGGGGAUCGAUGUCGGAGAAGGAAGAACUCCCGUCGACAUCUAAGUCCACCGGAGCUCCGUCACGACCGACUUUAUCUCUUCCUCCACGGCCGUUUAGCGAUAUGUUCUUCAGCGCUGGCGUUGGAUUCAGCCCUGGUCCGAUGACGCUGGUCUCAAACAUGUUCCCCGAGUCCGAUGAAUUUAGGUCUUUCUCUCAGCUCCUCGCCGGCGCCAUGGCUUCUCCCGCGGCUGCAGCUGCUGCAUCAGCCGGGGCGGCUAGUGAAGAAGGGAAUAAUAGCUCGAGCGGUGGUGAUGUUGACCCGAGAUUCAAACAGAGCAGACCCACCGGUUUGAUGAUCUCGCAGUCACCGUCGAUGUUCACCGUACCGCCAGGGCUAAGCCCGGCGAUGCGGCUGGAUUCGCCGAGCUUCUUGGGUCUUUUCUCUCCCAUUCAGGGAUCAUAUGGAAUGACACAUCAGCAAGCUCUAGCACAAGUCACAGCACAAGCAGUUCAAGCCAAUGCUAAUAUGCAACCACAAACCGAGUACCCUCAUUCCUCUCAGGCUCAACCAUUUUCAUCCUCAGCUCCGGAUUCUUCACUACUAGCUCCAAUAGAAACCUCAAUUACAACCAUCAUUGAGCAGAGGUCACAGCAACAGCCUCUAAACGUUGACAAACCAGCUGAUGAUGGCUAUAACUGGCGCAAAUACGGACAAAAGCAAGUUAAAGGCAGCGAGUUUCCUAGAAGCUAUUACAAGUGCACCAAUCCAGGAUGUCCUGUCAAGAAGAAGGUUGAGAGAUCACUUGAUGGACAAGUAACUGAAAUCAUCUACAAGGGCCAGCACAAUCAUGAGCCUCCUCAGAACACUAAGCGAGGCAACAACAACAAAGAUAGUAAUCUAAAUGGGAGUUUGGUUAAUAACAAUAAGAGUAAGAGGGAGCAACAUGAAGCAGCAAGUCAAGCUACUACUACAGAGCAAAUGUCUGAGGCUAGUGACAGCGAAGAAGUUGGUAAUGGAGAAAGUGGUGUCAGAGAGAGAGCUGAAGACGAGCCUGACGCCAAGAAAGUUCGAGUUUCGGAACCAGCUGCUGCUGUUUCUACGUCACAUAGAACUGUGACAGAGCCUAAGAUCAUCGUCCAAACGACAAGUGAAGUUGAUCUCUUAGAUGAUGGAUAUAGGUGGCGCAAGUAUGGACAGAAAGUGGUCAAAGGGAAUCCUUAUCCGAGGAGUUACUACAAGUGCACAACACAAGGAUGUGGAGUGAGGAAACAUGUAGAGAGAGCAGCAGCAGAUCCAAAAGCUGUAGUGACAACAUAUGAAGGUAAACAUAACCAUGACCUUCCUGCAUCUAAAUCAAGUAGCCAUGCUACUGCAGCAGCAGCACAGUUAAGGCCAGAGAAUCGACAUGGCGGUUCGGCUAAUCAGCAGCCUGUUGCGCGUCUAAGGCUUAAAGAAGAGCAUAUAAUUUAAGAGAUGAGAACUCUGAUCUUUUUUUUUCAUGAAAAAGCUUGCAACCUUGAUGGAAUCUUUUGGUUGAAGUUGAGCAGGUCUCUUUCUGUUUACACUUGUCUGAGAAAAUCUAAGCAGUUUACAGGAAAAAAGAGAGUAAAACUUAAAAAGCUUUUUAGGUUUUUUUUCAGAUUUUCUGUAAGUGAAUUCUUUUGUACAUGAGGAAGCUUUUGUGUUAUUGUAGUUGCAUAGGUUAUACAAUUUGUGGAUGAAAUUUAUCUGUUGUAACAACUAAACUGUUGUGUGUUUUUCUUUUGUUUAUUAUAUUUACAUUAUUAUUGA